AUUUAUGUAUUCGUUUGUGCAAAACUUUGUAAAGAUUCCUAAACUGUUUUACCAUCCUAAUGAGAAAAAUAUGUUAAAAAAUAUUAUCUGAGAAAAACGAAUUAUCGAGUCAGACACCUUCUUUGAUAAAGGUUUUAUAUCAAAGACAAAAUGUGUUGAUGCUGUUCAGGAAGUAGAUAGAAAGACUCGUUUUUGCCCCAUAUUGUCUUUGAGAUUGUGCGUACAAUACAGUAAUGAUAGAUAUGAUUACGACUUUAAAUGUUAUAACAGGAAGUUUAGUUAUUUUGAAUUACUUCUACUUAUGUACUUGUGGACUUCUAGAAACAAAGCUUGACGAUGAUCAAAAAAUUUCGAAUAAACUAUUAGAUAUUUUAGUUCCCAAAAUAACUACUGUUUCUUUAACACAAAAGGGUUAUAUUCAGUUUUUACGCUACACUAAAAAGGUGCCCGUCAUCGAAGAGUUUACUUUUUGUAUAUGGAUGAAGGUAGAUAAUUUUACCUAUCCCCAACCAAUAUUAUCGUAUUCAAAAGACAGCAAAACGAGACUUAUUAGAGUAUGGCUUACACCAGAAGGAGAAGAUAUAAAUUUUGCCAUUAUGGAAAUCCCCGUCUUCAAAAUCCCAUUAAUACUACAAAUAGAUCAAUGGUACCAUUUCUGUACCAGUUGGGAUAACCAGUACGGAGCAUGGGCACUUUACGUGAAUGGUAAAAUUGCAAAAGUAGGCUUCAACCAAGAGUUAAGGGACGUCAUUAUUCCUGAAGGGGGUGACAUAGUUGUUGGCCAGGAAUUGACGGACAUGGACAAGGGUUUAGACGAUGGUAUCGAGGGUACCAUAUUCGGUUUCAACAUGGUACUAUCUUCGGUAUUUGAUUCUGCUGGAGCAACAACCCUCAAGAAACAUCUGAAAGUUUAUGAGGAACCUGUGCGACGUUCUGCAAUUUUUCAUCGUAGUCGGCGUCGUUCUGGCACCGAGACCCUGAUCGAAUUACCUUACGGAAUGGAUUUUCCACGACCGUUGCCGCAUUUUGUUCGUACUUCCCCUCUGCAUUCACCGGAAGCUAUUUCAUUCGAUGGAAAGUACACAGACCCCUUCGGAAAAUUCAUGUCGCAGGAAAUUAACGCAGACACGAUGUCAGUUGCAUCGAAAAAGACGAAAUACCAACGUCCCAGAAGAGCUACGAGUGAAAUUAAAAAGUCCUUGGGCUAUCAACUAGUACGUCUCAGCUUUAAUGAGUGCACAUUGGGAAAUGGGUCGCCUCUAGGUGAUAUAAAUGUACUGAUAAGUUGGACGAAGACGUCGGUGAGGGUGUUCGGUGGGGCGGUUCUGAACAAAGUGGAGCCUUUUUGUUAGGUUCAACCCUUCUUUUUCUAGCAGAUUUGAUGGACAAUUUCAAAGAAUGAAACAAAAAAGAUAAUGUUGCCGUUUGGCGAAGUAUUUCACUCUUUGUAGGCAGGAAUAUAGUUAAAAAUGAAUGCAUUACAGACUCCUGGAGAAAAAACUGGAAAAACGAAAGAAUUUUCCCCUUUUGUAUGUAUAAAGAAAACUUUUGUUAUUGUAUUUGGUACAGAAUAAAGUGAGU